AUGAAAGAGCUGAAUGAAAUCCUACAGCGGGCUCGCAAAGAGGAGUACGACAAGCUGAGGCAAGAGGACAAGCAGCUCCUCGACGCCAUCCUUGCAGAGCUGGCGGAGGAGCGGCUCCAACAACAAGAAGCGAAACAGGAGAAGAUUCGCACGCGGAAGGCGGAGUGGGACGAUCUCCAACUCCAGAUCGCUCAGACGAAGGAGGACGCACACAUCUACGACCAGCUUUGGGCCGAGGCUAAUGAUCGAGAGUGGGAGAAACGUGAGGCGCGUUGGCGAGCCGAUCAAGCGAAGCGGGAUCAGCUCCUCACCAGCAUCCUCGAGAUACGCCGCCAGCAGGUGCUUGACAUUCAUCAGAAGAAGCGCGACGACGCGGUUGCCGUCAAGCGUGACUAUGAAGAGAUUGUGCGCGCCUCAAAGAAAAGCGAUGGAGAGGAGGAGGCGGAUCGGCAGCGUUUGGCGCGUGCGCGUGAAAAUCAGGAAUUCCUGCUCAAUCAGAUUAGCCAUCACGCGGCGAGGAAGCAGGCGGAGAAGAUGGAAAGACAGCAGAAUCUGACAGAUCAAAACUUCUUCAUGACCCAUUACAAAGAUCGCCUUCAGAAAGAGAUGCAAAAUCUUGAGGCAGCGAAACCAGCGCGAUACAAAAAUAUUCCGCUUUUACCACUGCAUCGCCAAAAUUGACCUUUUUAGGCAUGUACAAUCUGUUUUAGUAUGCAAAUAUAUAUGUUUUCUGAAUUUUAAUAUUCUCUUGCUUUAGUUUUGGUGCAGUGUACCAAGUAAUAAAGGUGAAUAAAUAUUUUAGACCUUUUUAGUUCAUUAGAAUUAUUCCUUGGAAGAUGUUUGUACAAAAGUUAAAUAUUUAGACGACCUUUUUCAUUCCUUGUAAGGGUAGCUAUGUAAAAUGUCUAUUGUUCGAAUUUCCCUUUAGAAAAAUUAACUCCUUGAUUUUAUAUAUUUGGCAAGUGAUGAUUUAUUUAGACCUACAAAACAAUUCUAUUUUUUACUUUAUUUUCUAUCUAUAAUUUUUACCUUAUUUAUUUGUUUAGAAAUUUGGUUUAUCUAAGAGGUUCGGCAAGUUAUAGAUCAAACAAGCAAUGAAUUAUUCGUAGCCUUGCCUGUACCUGUACUUGCCCUGAUCAGUCUUUUUACACGAAGAUGGAAAUACUUGCUCUAGAUAAGCAUCUUGGAUGACCAUAGGCAUGUGUUUACAGGUUGCAUAAUAAUAGGCUAAUAAUCACAGUAAGGGAAAAUUAUUAAAAGUCGGUGUUAUUUUACGCUGAGCUUUCAAAAAUUAAACAAGAUCUCUUUUUUUUAUCAGGUGGGUCGAAUGCUGUAGGAUUGUGACUUGUCAAUGAGAAUUUCAUGCUUCAGAUGAAGUCUGAUAAGAAAGGGCUAACUAUGACGGUUCGAUCUACUUUUUUUUGAAAUGGUAUUUCUGUGAUUCACGAUACAAUUGACGUUCCUUGUAGUCACGUGGUGUGGAAAAAAGUGACUGGGGGUGUUUACUGUUGCCUUGGGUACACCUCUGAAUGGAAAUACACCCCAUAUUUAAAUUUCAUCUAUAAUCUAAGACGUUACUGUUUUAUGUUCUUUCCUCAUCACAGCUUCCGUUUCGGUGUCGAUAGACAUAUUACCGUUGUCAUAGAUUCAUUGGUAAUUGUUAAGUUUUAUUGUUUUUGUUUUCUCAUAGAAUGUGUACUGACCCCUCCUUCCCCCAAAAAAAAAUAAAAUAAAAUAAAAUAAAACAUGCUUCCAAUGAUAUCAAAAGAGUGUUGUUUAUCUGUA